GCCAAGCCUAGCCAAGCCAUUAUGUCAUGUUUACAUCUUGAGGCGAAGUUCAUACAGUCGGUAGUUUCUGAUCAUCUGGAUACGGGAAGAUUGUGUGAAAUGUGACAGCGUCGAGAAUCGUAUGAAGUCAUAGCAGAGCAUUUCAGCGUACUGACACAUUUUCUUGAGAUGGAAGGAUCUAACAAGAAAGGAACGUUUGGGAAGGUUUCCCUAGGAGCAAGUGUGUCCUCGCUUAUUGACCUAAAGGCGGAACUACUCAGGAAAAGGGAAGCUCUAAAGGUGCAAAAGCUAAAACAGUUUCAACCUGAAGACGGUUAUGUCAAACAGAAGCUUAUUCUUGGGAGCGACUCCGGUGCUGCUACUAAAAAGGAGCCGCCGAAAAAGACGCCCGAGGCUCAGGACAUUCCCGAUGAGGACGCCGAUCUGAAGAGAUCAAGGGCUGCCCUACAACGAAAAGCCAAACUUUAUGAGAAGCUCAGCUCUGGCAAAGUGAUUCCAGGAGAUGAAGAGGCAAGCCUGUAUGUUGUGAACUUCCAGAGGAAGGCAAUGGACGCAGCGGUUGAAGAGAGGGAGCGGCGAGAGACGCCCACUGUGCCUACCAAGGAAGAAGCUGGGGUGUAUAGUAAAGACGAUUCAGAUGCAGAUGAUAAUGUGCCAAGUGCAGACCACGAGGCCCUGGACAAGAGCCUUGCGGGUACAGAAGAAGAAUGGGUGGACUACACCGAUGCUCUCGGAAGAUCCCGGAGGUGCAUGCGGAAAGACCUGCCUGCUCUCAUCGAUAAUGACAAGGAACUUACUGGAAAAUCCGGUGUUGUCGAAGCAGACAUUCCUGAACGCACUGCGCAGUUCCUGGCAUAUGAACGCACGCGCGAGCAACUAAGACAGCAGUGGCAGGAUCAAGAAGCCGAGAAUGCCUACAAAGAGUCAUUGCACUACGGCGACGUGCGCUUCCAAGAGGCCAGAGAGCAUGGUGUUGGUUUUUAUGACCUCUCUGGGGACUCUGCGGAGCGCCAGAAACAAUUGGACAUGCUGAACAAGCUCAGAGAUCAAACAGAGAAACAGAAAGAGAUCUCGAGAAGGAUGAAAGAGAAGAGGAAGGCCAUGCUCGAAGCACGCCUGGCUAGGAUUCGUCAGAAAAAGAACAUACCAGACGACAAGCCAGAGGAACAAGAUAAAGAUUCAUCAGAAGAUGAAACUGAACAAGUGGACACCAACAGCAAUGUGCCAGACCGGCCGAAAAUUAUUGGCGAUUCUGACACUUUGGAAGUCCCUGAAAUGAGGCCAUGGGACGAAGGAAAGAACCUGGCAGAGAUGGUCAACGAUCCACACUUCCGAAAGAAGAAAUUGUCGCAAGAGGACUGGGUGGAUCUUCAGAGGCAAGAAAGGCCGACGGAGUUUGCACCUCCGUCUGCAUACCGCUCGACUCCUGGUCCCAAAAAGGCAAAGUACUCCAACUUCACUAGAGGGCAGACACAGUUUGGAGCCAAUGUGGACACCAGUGGUUUUCAAGAAACCGACCAAGCCCCACAACAAAGGCACCUGCAGAGUUCUGCCUUUGAAGACAUGAUCGCGCAGAGGCUAGCCGAAGCACGCAGGGCAAGUGAGCAGCAGUCACCGUGGGGUGGCCCCUUCUGAG